AUGAAGGAGAGAUUAGCAGCCGACGUGCGGACUAUCAAGCGUUCGUCCAAGCAGUGUGCAGCGGUUCUUAGUCCAUCCAAAAAACGUAAAGGGAAGAAUGGCUCUAACUCUGGCACGAAAUUGACUGAACGAGCUGGGCGCGCAGCUUUACCUUUUAGCACUUCAUUUGCUGAAGAACGUGCUGCAAAACAAUCAAAGAGAAUUCUACCCAAGGAAAAUUGGGAAAGUGCAUACAGGGACGAUCGCAUCUACAUCCCUACUCUGGAUGAGUUCGGCGCAGAGGCUAUGAAGCAGGGAUCUAUGUUAGAUGAGGUCUCACUUCUUCCAACGGAAGAUCUCGCCAGUUUGUUAUGUGGGAGUCGAAUCUUCAUACUAAUCCGAAAAUCUGCUUUUGGUAUGGAAGUACUAAAGUUUUGCCGAUAUUUGCAGGUGAAGCAUGCCCAACUAGACCUGAGCACUAUAGCGGACGAAAUCACUGUUAAGAAGCAUUCAGCGCGCUUUUUGCUAUCUGAAGGUUGCACUGAGGAGUUUCUGUCAUCGUCUGGGAUCAGUUCUUAUUUCGAACACAUUUUGGGUCUGAUCAUAUCUAAAUCAAGGGGGAUCUCGAUAAAGAUGGAUGCGUUUUGCAAACAACUCGCUACUCGCCUUAUGAGUCUCAGGUCAGGAAUGCCAGUUGUGGAUGACUCCUUCUACAACGAUUUUUUAUUGUCGACUAAACCAUCAGCCAUUCAACGAGCUACGGGUUUGCAUGGAGAUGAACUCAUCAUGUUGUUGGAAUGUUUCCUAGCCAAUAUCUUGAGAUUUUUUAUACUGUACUGCGUACACGCUUUUCGGGACCAAGUAGUUCCGAAGUUUUCGAGUGCUGGUGAGAUUUUCUACCGUUUGAAGUCUUCAAAAAAAGAAGUGAUCCCUUCAUCAGUGGUCGGAACUGAACUCCAAUCGAGUAUUAGAAGGUUUCAUUUCUGCAUUUCCACAGAGGAAAUGGGUAUGUGUGUGCCCCUGGAUGAGAUGUACGUGCCAACGUUUGAAGAUGUGAAAUACGGAAUUGGCUGCGCAUCUCUUGUUUACCAAAUAGCUCAUUCGCCCGCUCCACAAAUCACUCGGUUGGUUCUUGGCGAGAGACUCUUCGCCUCCCUAAAAAAUGAUUUUCCUGUGUUUGUCUCUCAAAUGCACGAAUAUGCUGGCCUUCUGAAAUCGUCACAGUCAGGGAUAAGAUAUGGACACCGUCUUUACAUACUGAAAAUAAUACAUCGCCUUCAUGUGCGAAGAGAAAUGAGUAAGUUCUUACGAAGAAUUGUGAUACGUACCUACACCAGAAACGUGCUUUCUAUUUUAUUUGACUGGGUACCGCUCGAGAAGAUAUGGAAUCAUUUGUUUCUUUUGGUAGAUCAGCUGUUGAUCGCCAUAGGAUCCGCAAUCUACAUGAGUUAUGUGCGCUGUGACGGUCGUUGA